UGCAUAUUUACCUUCCAUUGUAAUAAAUUAUAUUGUCGCAAUGUUAAAUAGAACCUAUACAAAUAAGUAAUGCGUUUAAACAAAGCAAUCUGUGCCAUUUGAAACGAAAUAUUAUUUUUAAUUUUAGUAAAUCGACGGUCAUAAUUUAAUCCCUUAUUUUCCAAGGCGCUUCUUCAAUAUUUAAACUUACUACAAAACUGUAUUUUUUAUUUCAGAUUAACUUACAAAUCAUUGCAGUCUCUGCUGAUAAUUACACGGCGAGCUUGAGUAAAAUGAACGUGAACGCUGACGUCGUAACGCAAGAUGUGAACGAGACACCUCUCAUUCUCGAAGCACACCUUGUUAUAGCAGCGGAAGUUUUGUCCAAUCAAUCUUAUACCGUUCUCAAAAAUUUGGCUGCUGCCUUAAAACCUGGUUGUUUCAUUCUUCUGGAGGAGACCGCUGCGCGACUGGAUUUGGAAACCGCAUUGAAAGAUACUGACUUAACAUUAGCUAGCAGACAAACUGAUCCUGUAGGAAAGACUUACUUGUUGUUGAAGAAACGGCAGAAAGGGAGAAAAUCGACAGUAAUUCAUAUCACAGAGAAAAAUCUAUCGUGGCUGGAAGGUGUGAAAGCAGCAUUGAAGGAAUCUGUCAGCAUAGAUCAAGAAGUGCUCCUUGUAUCACAGGGCGAAGAAACGCUUGGCUUGGUCGGGCUCAUGGCUUGUAUACAAUGCGAGAUAGGCGACGCAUAUGCGCGUUAUGUCUUUAUCCAGGACAAGAACGCUCCCAA